AUGGAUUUCAUCAAGACCAGUUCCCCCGCGUGCUCUGAACUGGUCCAGACAGCCUUAUCGAGCAUUCGCGUCCUGAGCCGCGCACGCCGGCCGAUCGAGGAACGAACAUACCGCGACCGUGCCGCGCAUAUCAUCCGCGUCCCGCUAAGGCCACGGCCGAUCCCACGUACUGACCCGGGAGGCAUCGUCCCGCGGUCGGCCAACGCACUUCCACACGCCACCAUCCGUGCACGACCGUGCCGCGAGAACAGAACAGGAAGGCAAAGCUUCGCGGCCGCGCGGCACAACCCAUGUACCGCAGCCGACCCAUCCGCGCGAACAGGAAGGCAUCGUCCCGUGACCGGCCAAGUUUCAUCGGCCAAAACUUAUCCAUCCGUUUGA